GAGACGGAAGUGCCCAUCAGGGCUCUAGUUCGUCAUUUCCUUCACCGAGCUCUGCGGAACGGUCCAUUUUUGUUUGGCUCGGUUAAACUCGCGGAAUGAAGGAGGUGAAGAGCGAGCGGGAGCGGGGGAGCCGGCGAAGGCACCGUGACGGGGACGUGGCGAUGCCAGCGGCGGCGGUAGUGGUGAAGCAGGAGCGCCUCAGCCCAGAGCCCGCUCCUGUCGCCCACCGUCGAUCGGACUUUUCUGGCUGUAGCCCGUCGCCGCCGGCUGGAGAGCCCGGCCGCCCUGGCCACCGCAGCAGCCGAGCCCGAGGAGGCAGCCGGUCCCCGGCCAAAAAGAAAAACAAGUCCUCAGGGAGAAGAAGCAAAUCUCCUCGGAGUAAGAGAAGCCGAAGUCCUCACCGCUCAACAGUCAAAGUGAAAGAGGAACAUGAGGAUCAUCCCUGGAGAGGACGGGAGAAUCGGCAGCACCGAGAACCAUCCAAUCAGGAACACAGGAGGGGUCACAACAGUGACCGAGACAGACACCGGGGCCAUUCUCGCCAAAGGAAAAGCUCUGGUGAGAGGCCUGGGAGUGGGCCACCUCAGGAACGGGAGCGAGACAGCCAGAACCUGCAGGCUCAGGAAGAAGAGCGGGAGUUCUACAAUGCCAGGCGACGGGAGCACCGCCAGAAGAGUGAAGGCAGCGGAAGUGGUAGUGGUGCUCAGGAGUUGGUGCGUCGGCCUGGUGGCAACAAUAAAGACAAAGAGGUGCCUGUUAAAGAAAAACCAAGCUUUGAGCUCUCUGGGGCUCUUCUUGAGGACACUAACACCUUCCGGGGUGUAGUCAUUAAGUACAGUGAGCCCCCAGAAGCUCGUAUCCCCAAAAAAAGGUGGCGUCUCUAUCCGUUUAAAAAUGAUGAGGUACUCCCUGUUAUGUACAUCCAUCGACAAAGUGCUUACCUUUUGGGCCGGCACCGGCGCAUCGCAGACAUUCCCAUUGAUCAUCCAUCGUGUUCAAAGCAGCAUGCAGUCUUUCAGUAUCGGCUUGUGGAAUAUACUCGUGCUGAUGGUACUGUUGGCCGAAGGGUGAAGCCCUACAUCAUUGACUUGGGCUCAGGCAAUGGAACUUUCUUGAAUAACAAGCGUAUUGAGCCACAGAGAUACUAUGAACUAAAAGAAAAGGAUGUACUUAAAUUUGGGUUCAGCAGUAGAGAGUAUGUCCUACUACACGAGUCAUCGGAUACCUCUGAACUAGACAGGAAGGAAGAUGAGGAUGACUAUGAGGAGGAAGCAGUUUCUGACAGCUAGCAAAUUAAGAACCAGAACUACUGAGAUACCUUUUCCUUCUUGGAAUGCUUUGAGAUUGACUCAAAGAGCACUGUGCUGCUCUCUGUAAUGCCUCUUACUGCCUUAAGUCUUUCUUCUGUUGCUGACCAGCUUACGUUACAGUUGAAGAACACUGACUUACGUUUGUUCAACUUUUUCUGUGGCACAUCAGCCACAUGCCUGUGGGUAUUUUUUUCACAUCUGCUACUGAGGAAACUAAACCUUUGCUUAAAGGAGAAGUGUGGCUUGUUCUUUUUGUACAGUUACUUUAUUUAUAUAGUUGUUAAGCUUUGUGGAUCAAGAGUUUUUGUUUUUGAGGGGGAAACCCCUGAGCAGAGAAUUUUACUAAGCUUUGGUGGUCACCAGAACACCCUCCAACAUACCAAAGCUUCAACCUGGUUGAGCUCUUGAGUCAAAUUGAUUUUGCACUUAGUGUAUACUUUUUGUUUAGGGUUUUUUUUUGGGGGGCGGGCUACCACAUGACCUCAUUAUUGACUGUUAAACAGAUGCUUUAUAGGACCUGCUGAAGCACUUGACUGUAUAAGAAGAUCUUGGCUAAUACCAACAGGUGCUCACUCAAUAUGAGAGGCUGAAAUGGGUUGUGGAUCUGUUUCCUAUGAGAAAAUUUCUGAUUUCUCUGUGGAACAUGUACAUAACAAUUUUGAUCAUCUUGUUUGUUCUUCGGUUUUCCAUUUUUAUUCAAACAUUUAUUUUUUUUCUUUCUUUGAGAAAUACACUGUCACCUGACAGGGUCCUUGCUUUAGUCUAACAACAUGUAUAUAUGUCUAAAAGGAGGCUGUGUAGCUUACACAUCUCAUCUUUAAAAAAUUGUUCAGAGAGGUAUUUACCUCCCAAGGCUGGAAAGCAAGGGGAUUCUCCCGUUUUCUAGUUUUUCACUGUAGGACAGUAUGUAAGUAGAAAAGUAUUAACUACUUACGUAAAAUAUAUGUAUAUAUACACAUAUGUGUGUAUAUACUAUGUAAAAGAGCUGCAUACUGAUUUUCAUAUGUUUUGUGAUAAAAAUAUAAUACCACAUGGGCCUCCCUGCAUUUGAAGAGCGGGUUUUCAUUUCUAUGUAUUUUUGGAAUAAAUAAAAUUUGUAAAUUUAGACCCAUUUCAAAGGGUAAUACUGUACUUUCCUAGCAUAGACGACCUUGUAUCCAUAGGUCUGUUUGUUGCUAAAGGAGCCUUUGUAUCAGUAUUUUUUUUUUUUUGGUACUGGGGAUCGAACUUGGGUCCUUGUGCUUCCAAGGCAGGCGGCAGAACCACUGAGCUAAAUCCCCGGGCCCUGUAUCACUAUUUUUGAGGUAAGGACAGGUAGUUAUUUAGGGUGUUGGGAGGAGAGACCAGGAAAUAGUGAAAAGAAGACCCAUACCUGUCCCAGAAUCCAAGACCUCACAUCUCAGCAACUGGGCAUUGGUCACAUCCAAGUAGCAGUACAUUUAUGAACUGGCAGUGAAGGGUUUUUUCCUUCCUAUAGUAUUCAGAACUUUGGGUGAAUUAUAGGUAGUUGGCAUCUCUCGCACACAGUGAAAUACCAUCCCUACCAUUUUGCUGUCAGGUGAUGAUGGGGCAGCAGAGGGACAUGAUGCUGCUGUUAAUUCUUCCCUGUUAGAACACUAAGUUGGAAUGCUGCUAAAGCAGAUUGUCUUUUCCGUUGGUUUUGCAUUAUGGCCUCACGUUCCCACAUGUACUCAGCCAAAAGUUGGCUCUUGCAUGGGAGGGCAGCUCACUGAUGUUCAUUCAAAA